CAGAAGUAGUGAAGAACUAACCGAAGAACCGCCACAAAAACGUGGGCGAUAGUGCGCGAGAAACUGCAGUAGCGCUGCAUGCUGCCUUGGUAUAUGUGACGUACGUCAUUAUUUUUGUUGUCAUUUGGAAAUUGUAGAACAUCCGGGAAGUUUUAUACAGACUCAACUACGAGUACGUCCUUGUGGGGUGAAGCAUAAAAUUUCACCGAGAUAAAUCCAGCCGACAUCUCGGUUGGGAUUCUUGAUAUUAGAAAUUUGGAUGUGAUUUACGGAUACCAGGAGUGUGAACAAUUAAUAAGUGGGGCCAAUUUCUUGAAACAAUUACCAUAUUCAGAGUUUCAAGACACAUUUGAAAGACGGGAGACAUUCAGUAGCGGCGACAACAGUCAUGCAAUACCAUGUUAACCCUCCGAUGCAGAGUACGAUGGGCGGAGCUAAUCUCCAUACUCCACAGUCCGUCUUCCAACACAUGAUGGGUCAACAGAACUCUCCGCAGCAAGGUGGACCAUGGCUUCAGAUGCCGCAAGUUCCUACACUCUCUAUGCCGUGGAGUAUUCCUGCUUUGCAGCAACCAGAUCUGAUCAGAUUCACAGGAGAAAGAAGUCAGCCGGCAUAUGGAGUUACUACAUUGCAUCAUAAAAGGAAGCUGAACACUCCAGAUAUUGCAGACACCCGCCAAGUCAAACAGUUCAUAACUGAGGAAAAGAUGGCAUCUCAUUUCCAAGGACUACACAUCAGUUCUAAUUAUCAGGAACAAAAUUCAUCCACAUCCACAUCAAUUGUUGGUGUGUCUCAGUCUGGGUGUGAUAAUACACAGUACACAAGUACAAGUAUGGAGAACACCGCUCAGACGGUAGAUGUAGACCAGAAUGAUGGUAAACAACCAAGAUUGGUCAUCUCAGAGGAGCUCAGACAGAUGCAAGAGGAGCCUCUUAUUCCCGUUACCUUGUUAUCAAAACUAGAACGCCCAUCCAUGGCUCUGGUACUGUGGGAACCACCUAGAAAACACCUUGUCAGGGUCCCGCCAAGAACCCGGGAUAUGUUAACUCCGAUACUUAAUUCAAACGAAAAUGGUAGUACCAAUAAUAGCAACAAUGACAACAACAAUAACACAAACAACAACAACAAUGGCAAUAACAACAACAAUAACAACAUAGAUGAUUUAAAUCACUGCUCAGCACAUCUUGAGCCUAUGGAGCUUUGAAAAGAAAGUGUUAACGAAUUUUGUUGUUUUUUUAGAAUAUUUUUCAUUUUAUGAUUAAAACGUUGGAGUUGGUGUUUUUUGGUCAUUCUGAUCACCUUUUCAAGAAUUAUUAAUCGAUUAACAAUAACUAUCAAUUAUUCAUGAUUGUGGUAUCAUUAGUAUCUAUGUUCCGCAUAUGGAAGUGUUCAACCGUAGUGUCCCUUGUCUUUUGCCUUGCGAAAGAGACACACAACAAUAAACUAGGGUAGUUUUAUUGGUUGAUUUUUAAACUUGUAGCGUUUUCUGAUGGUAGUUAAAAUGAAGGAAAUUAAACGGAUGGGAAAAUGAAAUCGGUAAUUGAUGUAUUAACGAUAGGCUUUUUAUUUUCUAUUUUGAUGAUUGGAAUACAUGAUUGACGUAUGAUUAUAUCUAACAAUAAGAGUUGGUAGGAACGUGUGUGGCAAACGUUAUUCAUUAAGUUUGUUACUAGGGGGCCGGUACAGUGAAAUAUCACGUCCACUUUCUGUACGUAUGUAUGAUGUGUAUGUGUAAUCUGUUUUACAUUAAAACGUGGAUGCAUAAAAGAAAA